CUCACGACGCGGAGCAUGUGGUCACUGCAGUCGCCAGUUCUCAUCAGUCCGAGUGCAAAUCGCUAGCCCCCUCAAACACAACCUGAGCAAAAAUGGCAUUUGCUGGAAUCCUGAAUGAUGCUGACAUCACUGCAGCCCUGCAGGCUUGCCAAGCUGCUGACUCUUUCAACUACAAGACCUUCUUCAGCAAGGUUGGCCUGAGUGGAAAGUCCAGUGAUGAGGUCAAGAAGGCUUUCGCCGUCAUUGAUCAAGACAAGAGCGGCUUCAUUGAGGAAGAUGAGCUGAAACUGUUCCUGCAGAACUUCUCUGCUGGUGCCAGAGCUCUGACAGAUGCUGAGACCAAGGCCUUCCUUGCAGCUGGUGACAGUGAUGGCGAUGGCAAAAUUGGAGUUGAUGAGUUUGCUGCUCUUGUGAAGGCUUAAGUACUUCAUGCAGCCUGUUUUUUGGAGAUGACGAGCUUGCUGCUGUAGACAAAGGGUUAAAUGACAGCUGACCACAACAACCUCUUACUGAAAAGGAACAACAAUUCCCAAAGCCAAGCUGAUUUUUAUACAUGACUUUGACUGCGCACCUUCUGUUCCCAAGCUGCCCUCUGUCCUGAAUGACUUAUUGUCAAAUGGUUGUUUAAGACAUGUCUUAGACGUGAACUUGGGGUACUAUACAAUCUGUGAUGCACUUUUUUGGGAAAGGGUGGUGAGGAGAGAAUAAAUGUUCUUUUUUUUCA